AUGACCUCGCUCAUCGCUAUCGUCGAUCUCAAGGGCAAGCCGCUGAUCCAGCGCAGCUACCGCGAUGACAUCUCUGCCACUGCAGUCGAAAAGUUCCUGCCCCUCCUGCUUGACCUCGAAGAGGAAGCUGGUGGCUCGUCCGUCAGUCCAUGCUUCUCCUCCGAAGGCGUCAACUACAUGUUCAUCCGGCACAACAACCUCUACCUCCUCGCCCUGUCGCGGCGCAACUCGAACGCAGCCGAAGUGCUCAUCUUCCUCCACAAACUCGCUUCGGUGCUGGAAGAGUACUUCAAGGAGCUCGAGGAGGAGUCGAUCCGCGACAACUUUGUCAUCAUCUACGAGCUCUUGGAUGAGAUGAUGGAUUUCGGGUAUCCGCAGACGACGGAGAGCAAGAUUCUGCAGGAGUACAUCACCCAAGAGUCGCACAAGCUGGAGGUUCAGGUUCGACCGCCGAUGGCUGUGACCAAUGCCGUAUCGUGGCGAAGCGAGGGGAUUCGAUACCGCAAGAACGAGGUGUUUCUGGAUGUGGUGGAGAGCGUCAACCUGCUGGUGAGCGCGAAUGGCAAUGUGGUGCGAAGCGAGAUCCUGGGCGCGGUCAAGAUGAAGUGUUACCUUUCGGGCAUGCCGGAAUUGCGGUUGGGGUUGAACGACAAGGUGAUGUUCGAGUCGACGGGACGGGCGGCGAGGGGCAAAGCGAUCGAGAUGGAGGAUGUCAAGUUCCACCAAUGCGUGCGGCUGUCUCGGUUCGAGAACGAUCGAACCAUCAGCUUCAUCCCUCCGGACGGCGAGUUCGAGCUGAUGAGCUACCGCCUCAGCACGCAGGUCAAGCCGCUCAUCUGGGCCGAAGCCAUCGUCGAGCGCCACGAGGGCAGCAGGAUAGAGUUCAUGGUCAAGGUCAAGGCGCAGUUCAAACGCAGAUCCACCGCCAACAACGUCGAAAUCCACAUCCCCGUCCCGGACGACGCCGACACGCCCAAGUUCCGUGCCGCCACCGGCUCGGUAGUGUACGCGCCCGAAAAGUCCGCCAUGGUCUGGAAGAUCAAACAGCUCGGCGGCGGAAAGGAGUUUUUGAUGCGCGCCCACUUCGGUUUGCCCAGCGUCAAGAGCGAGGAGGUGGUCGACCGACGCGCUCCCAUCAGCAUCAAGUUCGAGAUUCCUUACUUUACCGUGUCGGGGAUCCAGGUGAGGUACCUGAAGAUUGUCGAGAAGUCGGGUUAUCAGGCUCUGCCGUGGGUGAGGUACAUCACGCAGCACGGAGAGUACGAUCUGCGUACCCAGAGCGAGAAGCCGUCUGCUAGGCUGGCGCCGUUCUCGGCGUAG